AUGGCGGAAGACAAGGCCGAGAUAUCGCAUAUCAAUACCAGCACCCGUGCGCAAAUCCAUGAGCAAGAGAUUGGACACGAGCCAGAUGUCGUCUUGCUCGACACCGGCGCUGCUCACCUCGAAAAGGGCCAAUAUGGCCACCUGAAGCUCGCCAAAGACGGCCACACCGUCCUCGUCCCACAGCCGACUGCUGAUCCAAACGACCCUCUGAAUUGGUCAUGGACGCGCAAGCAUUUGAUGCUAGCGGUCGUCUCUACGACUGCCUUUUUGGGAGACUAUGGCAGCGGCUCUGGUAUUCCGCUUAUUGUCCUCCAGGGCGAGGAAUGGGGCAUGUCACCCGCAAAGGUCAAUGAAGCCGGCAAUUUAAACGUGGUCAUGUUGGGCAUUGGUGGCCUCUUCUGGAUCGUGGUCUCUUCCUGGUGGGGCCGAGCACCCGUCAUGUUUUGGUCGACUCUCACAGGAACCCUCUUCACGCUCGCGUGCGCCGUCACAGGCAGCUUCCCCGUCUUCUACGGCUUCCGUGCCCUGAUGGGACUUACAUUGACGGCCUAUCAAGUCGUCGGGCUGGCUUGUGUUAAGGACAUGUUCUACUUUCAUGAACAUGCUAGGAAAAUUGGCAUCUGGGUGGCGCUAUUCAUCCUGUCGCCAUACCUUGGGCCCUUUUUCGCCAACUUCAUUAUUGCGGGGACUGGUGAUUGGCGAGCAGUCAUGUGGCUGGUUUUCGCAAUGGGCGUCGCCGACCUGGUCUUCAUCCUGGCCGUUUGCGACGAAACGUACUACGAGCGAAGCAUUCCUAUGGAUCAACAACCUCCACGAUCCCAGGCCCUGGCCGCCCGGCUUUCGCGCAUCAUCGGAAUAUGGCAGAUUCAGCAUCACAAGGGGUAUUUCAAGACGUGGUGGCAUUGUUGCAAGCGCCUGUUAUCUACCUUCUUCAAACCCAUUAUUAUUCCGGCUAUGUUCUACUACGCCAUGAGCUUCAUGUGGGCUGUUGGCAUCAAUAUUACCUCCACCAUCCUCCUCGAAACCCCCAUCGCACAAGGCGGCUAUGGCUUCGAUGCUAAGGCGGUCGGCUUCCUUUACUUUACUCCUCUUGUCGCAGUCACCAUUGGCGAAGCCUUCGGCCACUUCUUCAACGACUGGAUCGCGAACCGCUACGUACGAAAGCACGAUGGCAUCUUCAAGCCCGAGGCGCGACUCGUGACCAACUACGUGGCCGCUGCGUUCAUGAUCCCCGGCUUGAUAAUCGUUGGCCAGACCCUAGAGAAGCAUUUGAGCUACGCCGGUAUAAUCAUGGGCUGGGGCAUGUACGUCUUUGGCGUUAUGCUUGCCACGGUCGCCAUCACCGCGUACGCGCUUGAUUCAUAUGGCAAUGCCAGUUCGGAAGUUUCGGGACUGUUGAACUUUGCUAGAGUGGGUUACUUUCAGGAACCCUGGGGAGCGAAGAGCGGUUUCGGCCUCUCCUUUGGUAUUCAAGCUAUUAUCGUUGCAGUGGCCAUGGUCAUCAUCGCUCUUCUGCAAGUGUAUGGAGGGAGGAUGAGGACAAAGGGCGGACCUGUUGCGUGA